AUGAUCCUCGCGCUUUGCACGUCUACCAUAGCCUUCGCGCCGCCGCCGAGACGCGGUCCGCGUCUAGCGCCGCUCGCGUACGGCCGGCGCGGCGACGCGGAUCACGACCGGUGGCGGUCGACCGCCGACGCCUUGACGGCGUGGCGCGGCGACGAGGCGACCGUAGCCAAGUUCUGGCGCAUCGACUGCGACGACGCCGGGUUCACGUGGGAGCGGCGCUGGCCGGGUCGCAAGUCCCAAAUCGAGGACGUGACCUGGGAUCGGAUCACGCGCGUCUGCUGGGAGUGCGGCGAGUGGUUGAUGAUGGACAACUUUUAUCUCAUUGCUGACCAUGAAGACAGGGAGUGGGCCGUGCCGUCGGGGGCGCUCAAUUAUCAGCGCCUGGUGGACGCGCUCGAUCGAAAGGGCAUUUUCCCCACCAAGACGUACGUCGACUGCCAGGGCGUCGCCGACGGGGGGCGUUACGAUCUGCGAGGCGAAUGCCAACGCCAGGGCGCCGAGCGCGGACCUGUCGUACGUCGACGCGCAGAAGGGCCGCCUUCAAGAAGCGUGCCCAGGAUAG